AUGGGCGGCCCGCGGGCCUGGGCGCUGCUCUGCCUCGGGCUCCUGCUCCCGGGAGGGAGCGCCGCGUGGAGCGUCGGGGGAGCUCCGUUCUCUGCGCGCAGGAACUGGUGCUCCUACGUGGUGACCCGUGCCGUGUCAUGCCACGUGCAGAAUGGCACCUACCUGCAGAGGGUGCUGCAGAAUUGCCCCUGGCCCAUGAGCUGCCCUGGGAACAGCUACAGGACGGUGGUGAGACCCACGUACAAGGUGAUGUACAAGAUGGUGACGGCCCGCGAGUGGAGGUGCUGCCCCGGGCACUCGGGGCCGAGCUGCGAGGAAGUUGCAGGCUCCUCUGGCUUCGUGGAGCCCGGGUGGUCGGGCAGCGCCACGCGGCGGAUGGCACUUCAGCGCACAGGCUUCUCAGGUUGUCUCAACUGCAGCAAAGUGUCAGAGCUGACGGAGCGGCUGAAGGUGCUGGAGGCCAAGGUGGCGGUGCUGACUGUCACGGAGCGGGCAGCGCCCCCGACCCCAGCUGCCCCUGAGGACCCCGCCCCGCUCUGGGGUUCCCCAGCUGUCCAGGGCAGCCCCGGGGAUGGAGGCCUCCGAGGGCUGCCGGGAAGCAGAGAAAACCAGAGGCCCCCUCUGCUCCCUCGAGAUGAUCGAGUUGGUGCCCGGGGGCUUCCUGGGCCCGCUGGGCCCAAGGGAGACCCUGGCAGCCGGGGCCCGAUGGGGAUGAGAGGCCCACCAGGUCUGCAGGGCCCCCCAGGGAGCCCUGGCCAGGCGGGAGCUGUGGGCAUCCCGGGAGAGAGGGGACCUCCAGGGCCCCCAGGCCCUCCUGGCCCCCCUGGGCCCCCAGCCCCUGUUGGACCACCCUACACCCGGAUCUCCCAGCAUGGGGACCCGUUUCUGUCCAACACCUUCACUGAGACCAGCAGCCACUGGCCCCAGGGACCGGCUGGGCCCCCAGGCCCCCCAGGCCCCAUGGGUCCUCCUGGACUUCCUGGUCCCAUGGGGAGUCCUGGGAGUCCUGGACAUAUGGGACCCCCAGGCCCUACUGGACCCAAAGGAACCUCCGGCCACCCUGGGGAGAAGGGCGAGAGGGGACUGCGGGGGGAGCCUGGCCCCCAAGGCUCCAUGGGGCAGCGGGGAGAACCUGGCCCCAAAGGAGACCCUGGUGAGAAGAGCCACUGGGGGGAGGGGUUGCACCAACUACGCGAGGCUUUGAAGAUUUUAGCUGAGAGGGUUUUAAUCUUGGAAACAAUGAUUGGGCUCUAUGAACCAGAGGGGUCAGGGGCAAGCCUCGCCGGCACAGGCACCCCCAGCCUCCUGCGGGGCAAGAGGGGAGGACACGCGGCCAGCUACCGGAUCGUGGCCCCCAGGAGCCGAGACGAGAGAGACUGA